AUGUCAGGUGCUCGCGAUAAGAUGCUUCCACUUCUGUGUAAAUCAACUCCGUCUCAAAUUAUGUGUCGGACCCUCAGUUUAGACCUUAGACCGAUCUUAACGAAAGCUUGCAAAGAAGUGAUGCCUGAAAAUGUAUUAAUGGAAAAUGAAGAAGAGUCGAAAAGGAAGCGUGGUAGAGCGUGUGAUCACAUUCGGCAAGCAUUGAAACGAUGUCUUAAGCAAUCAGACUGUGUUCAAAAAGAGCAUCGCCAUGCAGUAGAUUGCUUGCGCUCACGUGUCGAUACUGUUCCGGUACGAUGCUUUCAGUUAUUGGAUACAUUCGCUCAAUGUAAAUUAUCUCUGAUCGAUAAUCGUUUACGGACACGAGGACGAAAAUUAGACAUUCCGGAUACUCAAAUUUCUCCAGAAUGAAAAAAUGUGCAUUUAUGGGACAGUGCAUGAAUGCUUGGUUAGUGCUAGAAAGGAGAACAAAUUCAGAGUUUCCCUUCAAGUUGCGAAUUUACUUUCCACUGAACAUAAAAUUUUGUUCACUAUAUUCGGACGUUUCUGAUGUUUGUAUUUCUUAGCAGCAAUGCACAACUUGAUGAAUAAUUGAUGUCUUUCGACUACAACACGAAAACACAAUUCAUGAUUCGCGAAAAUACUUGCAGUUCAACGCUUUACGAAUGUAUUACAGAGGUAAUAAGAGCACUAAGAACGAAUAAGCGAAGAAGCAUGGAAUCAAUAAAAUUCAAUUGAAAUGUAGAACUGCACGAUAAAAGUAUUGACGCGUGUUAGUUUUGAUGAUAUACGUUUUUCAAACAGAUUGAUUUGCAAGUUGUGAUGAUUUAGAAA